AUGGCUCCCAAGACUGACUUCCCGCCCAUCCGCGCCUGUCUCUUCGACAUGGACGGGCUGCUGCUCGACACCGAGGACCUGUACACGCUCUGCGUCAACCUCAUCCUCGAGAAGUACCAGCGCCCGAACCUCCCCUGGAGCGUCAAGGCCCGCCUCCAAGGCCGCCCUGGCCCGGCAGCCAACAAGCUCUUCCACGACUGGGCCAACCUGCCCAUCACCCGCGAGGAGUACAUCGCCCAGCUCUACGAGCUCCAAGGCCAGCACUUCCCCGGCACCCAGCCUCUGCCCGGUGUGCCCGAGCUGCUUGCCCACCUCGGCCGCACCCGCUACUGGGACCUCCCGGGCAAGGCUUCUGCUGCUACUACCAUCACCCAAAACGGGAACGGCAACGCCAACGGUACCGGUACCACCACCCCCAAGCAGCAGCGCGUGCACAUCGCCCUUGCAACAUCCUCCCACGCGUCCAACUUCCGCCUCAAAACCGCCCACCUCGAGGAUCUCUUCUCCGUCUUCCCCACCACCCGCCGCGUCCUCGGCGACGACCCCCGCAUCGGCGCCGGCCGCGGCAAGCCGCUCCCGGACAUCUUCCUCCUCGCCCUGCAGACUAUCAAUGAUUCCCUCCCCGCAGGCGAGAAACCCAUCGCUCCGGAGGAGUGUCUCGUCUUCGAAGACAGCGUCCCCGGCGUCGAAGCCGGCCGUCGCGCGGGCAUGCGCGUGAUCUGGUGCCCGCACCCGAUGCUGAAGAAGGAGUACGCCGGUCGUGAGGCGGAGGUGCUCGCUGCCCGGACCGGUGAGGCCGGCGAUGUAGAUUUGCACCAGCUGGGCGAGAUUGGCGAUGGCUGGGCUGAGUACAUGCCGACUUUGGUGGGGUUUCCGUUUGAGAAGUAUGGUAUUGUGGUGCCGCCUGUUGAGGUGGAGCUUGAGAAGGGCAUGCUGGAGGAAGGCAAGAUUGUCGAUGGUGAGACUCUCCAGGUUGCUGCUCAGGCUGCUUAA